UUCAUCCACGACUCCGCGACGACGUCGCCUGCUCCAUCCAUUCUCUCUCUAAUUCCGCGUGUUUUGCAGCCGUUGAAUGCCAAGGUACAAAUAGGUGCGCUCCCCCAAACAACCGGCAUCAACCAGCAGGACCGGCACCGCCGCCGCGCCGUACGUCGCGUACUGCGUCGAAGACGUCGACCAUCGCGAUAAGAACCAAGAACCGCGUGCGUCGCGACGACGGACGUUUCUGCAACGCGAGAGCGUAAGUACGCGCACAUUUCGUUCGCUCAACACAAGAUUUCUCUCGUGGCGUGUGCCCGGCAAGGUGGGCUGGCUGGCUGGUGGACCUAAAGCUUCGCGAAUGAACCAUCCAUCCGACUCCGCCGACCGGGCCAGCCAUCCAUCAGUCAGUUAGUUGCUCGGUGGAGUCCGUCGCGAGUGAACGCGCUUUUCUUCGCGGUACGAAGCGUGUGGGUCGUUGGUUCGCGCGUUUGUUCCCCGGUCGGUGGUCUGUUCUGCUAAGAUUAGAAGUUUAUAUUUUUCUGGUUUGUUUCAAGUGUUGGGGACUUAGUUUGAGGAGUGAUUGUAUCCUAAACGGUUUUGAGGUGGUUGAAGUUCUUUGAAUAAAAGAUUCAAAAAGUAGCCAAAUACGAGCCCUGCUGAUAAGCGAAGAACCCCGUUGUUACGCCGUGGAUCGCAUUCAUCGAAUCGAAAUUCCGGCAAUAUCUCUAAUCAGUGUCUAAUGUCUAUCUACAGUGUGUUGGAGAAGAGCAUAUGUAUGUGCGUGUGUGCGUAGAUUUCGUCCGGUAGAAGAUGCGGCUGCGAAUACGGUCAUCAGCUGAUGGAGGUACCAGUGCGAAUCGAUGAUCGAGAUGGAAAUCCAGCAAGCCCACCAGCAGCGGAAGCGUUGCUGGCUGGUCUUCGGACGGGCCCUGCUGACCCUGUCGGUACUGGGGUUGAUCACCGUGGGCCUGUACUUGAUAUCGCAACGGGUGCAUGAUGGUCCAGCUGUGACGGAAAAUCCCGAAGAAUUCAACGCCCGGGAACGGCGUGAUCUGCGGGGGAGAGGUGUUAGUGAGGAUGCGGGAGUUGAGCUCAGUGAUGAGAAGUUGGAGCAAAUUUUGUACAAAAAUGAAAUCGAUAGACCGGUGAGAAGCUUGAAGAAGAAGGCUUAUACAGUGCCCGAUGCUAGCGUUGGGAAAGGUGCUAAAAGAGUUAACCAAGUGAGCGAUCGAAAAAGUGCUAAUAGUGUAAAUGAGAAUUCCGAUGAUCAAGUUGCUGACGGAGAAGAUUUCUAUGACGUAGCUAAUAACAGCACCGAGUUGAUCUACGAUGGAGACAUAGAUCUGCACAACCAGACGGACUACGAGGAGAAGAUUCGCCAGAAAAAGGAUGGUUAUCCUAUGUACGAGCACUACGUCUACGUGACGAGGUACAAAUGCUCGAAGAAACCUCACUGGCACCGAGUCAACACCGAAUUACGUAAGUCGAAGCUCCGGGUUUACGACUGGGUCUUUGAUAUGCAUGCAACUACAAUUAUAAUUAACAGCUGUAAGUAAGGAAUUCGAAAAUAGUAGUUGUUUUUUAUCACACUAUAAUCUUUUUAAAUAUGUUUCUGUAGAAUUUUAAAGAAUAAAUUAUUGAUGAUACAGAUCAAAUUCGAUUACCGUGCCAUGCCCUAAUACCGUGUGCCUCCUAAUACCGUGUAUUUGACAACAAACUCAAAUAUUUUACUAAGUGUAUUAUUUUUUUAACUGAGUAACUAGUUCAAUCAUUAGCAUAUCAAACCUUCUCAUGUUAGGCGUGAUAAAUUUGGCACAUAUUCACAAAAACAAGCAAUUAAAAAUAUUUACACAAUGUGAGUGCAAAGUAACAAUACACGGUAUUAGGGCAUGGUUCCUUUAGUGUUCCAAAUACCGUGUUUCGGCUAAAACUUGCAAACUGAAAAUAUUAUUGAUACUUUUUACUUUAUGAAGCAAUUGCACAAACCUCUAGGCAACGUUUGACGCAUAGGUUCUUCUAAGUAUGAACUUAGUAUGAUUGAUAUGGUGAUGAUUCAAAGGACCACCAAUGUAUGCGAGUCACAUACACGGUAUUAGGAACAAUGCUAUGUUUUACAAUUUUGAUUUUAACAAUGGAUUAAACAUUUGGAAUUUCAUUAAUCAUAUUUAUUAUACAUAAUACACACAAUAAGCAAUAAUAUAGCGUUUGAAAAAUCAAGAAACGUAGAUUAUUGAUUUUUACAGGGCUCUUUGAAGUGAAGAGUAUCCUUAAGGUCACGGUAUUAGGGCAUGGCACGGUACCCGGAGUUGUGUUUUGAAGUAUCUUGAACAUAUAUGUGGGGACCGGAAUGAUAUAUAAAGCUGAAAUUUUGACAUUUGGUCAAUCCAACUUUGCUUACUAAUCAGUCGAAAUUUCAGCUUUGUUGAGCAUUUCGUUUUCUAGACAGGGGUAAUUCGCCAAUAUUUAAACGUUUUAUACUGGAGUUGUUGUUUUCAUUUGGGUUUCCGUGCAUAGUUCGACGGUAAUUUGAAUUUUCUUAAAUUCCAUUUUCUAAGGGAUUUAAUCAUAUUUAUAACGAAAGUCGGAAACCACAGGGUCAGUCGGUUUUCUCGAUAGGGCAAUGGAAGUGCGAGUGAAAAAUCCGGGAUCAGAAUCGCGCUACAAUAUUCGUUGGUCAGUCGGUUUUCUCGGUAGGGCGAUGGAAGUGCGAGUGAAAAAUCCGGGUUCAGAAUCGCGCUACAAUAAUCGUAGAUCAGUCGGUUUCCACGGUAGGGCGAUGGAAACACGAGCACGAAAUCCGGGAUCAGUGGUCAUCGUGAUCAAAUAAAUCAUAAUCGUGAUGAAGACCGCGACGUGUAUUUCCAUAUAACUAGUGGAUCAUAUCACCUAACAGAGGUGGCUCCUAGAUCCACACCUUACACAGAUAAAAUAAAAAUGUAAUUUUGAGUUUAAUUUGAUGCACAUAUUUGGAGCAUCGAUUUAUACGCAAAAUUGCAUCACAUUUUAAUUUUACACGACUUGAAUUAGUAUGAAAUACAAGUAAAUUUAAACGACGUUGAUUUUUACACGACCGCUCUCCCGGUUUGUGUUGUUCCCUUU